AUGUCAGAAAGGAUGCCCGUCUUUUCCCGUCAAUUGUUGACGGAAGUGCGCAUAUGGUGGUCUUUGGUGUGGCCGUCUGUCAUCACAAAUUGGAGCCGCGUUGGAAUGGAUUUGACAGAUCUUUCAGUAUUGGGCCAUUACGCCGGAAGCAUAUACCUUUCCGACGUUGCUUAUGCACAAAUCAUGAUAUCUUUGGUGAUGGUUUUCGUCAUUCGGGGCAUGGCUGGCAGCACUGUGAAUGUUUUGUGCAGCACGGCGUAUGGUGCGAGGAAUUUCCAUCUAGUGGGCAUAUACAUGCAGUUGUCAGUAUUACUUUGCUCGCUGACGGCCUUGUUGUUGGGAGUGAUCUGGGUUUGGGGAGGCGAGAUAUUGCGCUUGUUUGUUGGUCGGCAGAACAUCAGCCAGCAAGAUGCGAGGAACAUCGAUGCGUUCCUCAGAAUAUCUUUGCUGUGGAUGGUUCCACUUGCAUGCUCGUCAGUAAUGAGCGCUUUCUUGUUGGCGCAAAAAGUUGUACGGCCUCAAAUGUGCAUUAUGGUGAGCGCUUUGUUAUUCAACGCAGGCAGCAAUUAUGUCAUGGUUUAUGGCUUCGGGAUCGGGUAUUUGGGGUCGCCCCUCGCCACGGUACUCAGCCGAUGGCUCGUUUGCACGGCAUUGGCUUGCUACAUCUCAUGCUCCCCAGUCGUGCGCGAGAACGGCACUUGGCCAGGGUGGCACUUGCGAGAAUGCUUGAAGGGGCACCGGUUGGCGGAAUUUCUCAAGCAGGCGAUCCCGACCGCUAUCGGCGCGGCGGUUGAGGAGUUCCAAAUUCAGAUGGUAGCGAUUUUCGCUGGUUCUGUUGGACCUGCAGCUGUCGCGACCCACAACUGCACGCUAUCUUUUUUCAUGGCUCUUUCUUGCGCAAUGUGGGGGAUCCAAUCAGCGACUUCGGCGCGGCUCGGACACCACCUUGGCAAUGGCGAUCUGGCGGCGGUUCGACGAGUUCUCCAAGUAGCGGUUACUGCGACUCUUGCUUGGGCUGCCGUCGUCGUACUAGUGUUCUUGGUGGCGCGGCACGAGAUCGGCUCGAUCUACUCGUCAAAGGUGCAGGUCCAGCAGUUGGCAGCGGAGAUAGCGACAGUCGUUGCUGGUGGAUAUUUUGUCAUCUCAGUAUUCUACGUGAUCGUUGCUGUCUUGGUUGCAACAGGCCAGCCCAAGUGGUUCGCCAUUGCCUUCGUGAUCGGUGGCUGGGGCGUCGCGUUGCCUCUCAGUUACUCGUUGGCUUUCCUUGUGGAUGAGAAGCUGGUCGCUUGGUGGCCCGACCGCCUGACUUGGGACACUGGCCCAAAAGGUGGAUUGGGCCUUCUGGGACUCUGGCUUGGCCUGGCGAUUGGCUACAUGGUGACCACGGCGAUUGCUGGCACGGCCGCCUACCGCACCGACUGGCAGAGAGUCGCGCUGGAGGCGUCGGCGCGAGCGGAGGGCUCCGCUCGGCCGCUGACCUCUGGAGGUGCGUCCCAGAGCGGAACCUCACGGGCCCAGGGAGAGAUUCCGUUGACCGAUCACGCAGGGAUGUGA